GUUUAGUUGAUUUUCGGCAGCAGCCAGGAUGAAGUGCAGAACAGUUGUCGUAGUUCUACUCGCGACGGCCGCAAUGGUCCAGGCCGACUUUAUAACCGGAAUGUCCGGAAUGUACCAAACGGCCAAAGAUGUCGUCAAGGCCAAGGCGCGCAUCGGAGAGCGGCUCAUCUCGAACGUGCCACUGCUGCUGCCAAGCUUCGAAGAAAUUGGCGAAUUUGGCAAGCAAACCCUGCUGGGUUAUCCGCUGGAAGCGAUUGCCGCCGGGAUUCACAGCUUCUGCUCGGCCGCCGUCGCCACCAACGGAACGGAGCCGUUUUUCGAGCCCGAUCUUACGCGCAUGAACUACGUGCUCAUGACGGACCUCGGCAACUAUUCGUACCCGCUGGCCCAAGCCGGUCUGCUGUGGAGCAGUCCACUGUUCUACAAGCAUCUGGACACGGUGAUCCUGGUGACCGGAUGGUUGACCACCAUCGAGGAACCAAACGAGGCGGCAGGUGCCCUGUAUCGAGCGUACCGCGCCCGUGGCGAGUUCAACUUUGUGGUGAUCGACACCGUUUCUCUGCUCAACACCCUGUACACGUGGUCAUCGUUCAACACGAACAAUCUCGGAUCGGCCCUGGGCGAUGGGUUGGUUGAACUGGUCGAGUACGUCCCGGUGUAGUCGAUUCACCUGAUUGGCCACAGCUUGGGAGCGCACAUCAGUGGAGCCGCAGGGCGACGAUUCCAGGAGGUGAAGGGAUUCAAUUUGCCACGAAUCACCGGCUUGGAUCCGGCCAAUCCGUGCUUCAACGAGGGCGAAAACCUGUCUGGGUUGAGUCGAGGAGACGCAGAUUUGGUGGAUGUGAUCCAUAGCAACGUGCGCGUCCUGGGGAAGCGGGACCCGAUCGGGGACAUUGACUUUUAUCCCAAUGGCCUAAACUCGAUCCAGCCGGGCUGCUACACCAUCACCUGCUCGCACAGCCGCGCCUGGGAGUACUACGCGGAAAGUGUCUUGCCCGGCAACGAGCGCAACUUUGUCGCCGUCAAGUGCAACGGGCUGGGGGCGCUCAUCAGCGGUCUGUGCCGCAAGCGGACCGCCGUGAUGGGCUUCGCGGUCGGCACAAACUCCAGCAGCAGCAUCACCAAGGGCAACUUUUUCCUGCGCGUCAACUCGGCACCGCCGUACGGCCGGGGAGAAAAUUACUAGAAUUUGAGGGCUUUCUUUUUGUUCCGGUUCUGGAGGUAGCGA